CGUUGCUUUGUCCGCUGAUUGGACAAGCGUUGGCGUGACGUACACGGAUGCGGAAGAGGGGUUGAGUCGGUGUGAAGCUGCGGCGUGCAGACAGAUCGGAUCUGUGUUUUGGUGCAACUUGCCCGAGCCCUACCUGCUACAAAUAUGAACCUUAUGUCAUUCACACCGCUGUGCUGUUUCCUUAUCCUGUUUGUGCUGCCUUCUGUCUCAGCCAAUGAGGGGAGGAAGAAAUUGCAGAUCGGAGUGAAGAAGCGCGUGGAAAAUUGCCCUGUCAAGUCCCGGAAAGGAGACACACUACACAUGCAUUAUACAGGAAAACUUGAGGAUGGGACAGAAUUUGACAGCAGCAUUCCCAGGAAUCAACCAUUUACCUUCACUCUGGGUACUGGACAAGUCAUAAAGGGCUGGGACCAAGGGCUACUUGGAAUGUGCGAGGGGGAGAAGAGAAAGCUGGUGAUACCUUCAGAGUUGGGUUAUGGAGAUAGGGGAGCACCCCCAAAAAUUCCAGGAGGAGCCACCCUGAUCUUUGAAGUGGAGUUAAUGAAGAUAGAGCGUCGAUCUGAUUUAUAAAUAUAAAUAUAUUCUGCCAGAAUUUGUGCCGACAGGGGAGACCGUGUGUAUCGCUUUGUACCCAAUAAACACUAAAUCUACAGCUUUAUUAAUAAUAAGCUUUACGGUCACAUUCACUAAGACUCUCAUGGUUCAAAAUCAAUGGUUUCCUACAGAAGAUACCGGUGCAAAGAUUUCAGGCACAGUAGGAUGGGGGAAGAGUUUAAAGGGACACACACGCAUGUCUGAGAUACUAUUUGACCUAAACACAAGCCCCCUAAUGUAAUAAAAGGCUCUAAGUUUGCCCAGGGGCAGUAACCCAUAACAACCAAUAAGAUAGUUGCUUUUAAACAGGUGACCAGUAAAUGCUGCCUGCUGAUUGGUUGCUAUGCGUUACUGCCCAUGGGCAAACGUAGUGCCUUUUAUUACAUUACCCCCAAGGUUGUUUGAUGAUGUAAUUUUGCUUCAUAUUGUUCAAGAACACCAAUUCUUUCUACUAUUGUGGCCUUCUUUAAUUUACUUUUCACCAUUAUUUGUGCAGCCAUGCAGUAUCUUACACGCAUGUAUCUCACACACACGCCCGUAUCUCUCGCACUCUCCCCCCCGUACCUUACACACGUGUUGCAUUGUGGGAAAUUGGAGGUUUCAUGGCUUUGGACAAUGUUUUUGUGCGACAUCAGCCUAAAGAAACUAGAAAUACUGUAUACAGGAAUGGGAUCUAUUAUCCAGAACGCUCAAUCACAGAAAGUUCAUCUCCCAUAGACUCCAUUUUUUUUUUUUAAAUCAAAUAAUUCAAAUGUUUUAGAAGGAUUUCCUUUUCUCU